UUUUUCAAAGAUUAUGCAAAGAUAUUUGCAACUCCUUUUUUUAUUUUUUUAAAUUUUGCGCAAGUUUUAUCAAUAAAAAAUAUUUUUUAAAAUUAUUUUUUUUUUGCCUUGGAAAAUUUUUGAAGAAGGGAGGGGGACAAAAAUGGCAAUUUUUGCUAUUAUACAAAACAUCUAAAAUUUCCAAUACAAUAUAAAAAAUUCCAAAAUGUUCAAAUUCGAGUUGAAACUUGAUAAUUACAAAAUUUCCAAAUGUAAAAUAAGAAUUUACAAUUUCAAAAAAGAAUAUUAAUUAAAGGAUGCUUAAACAAAUAAACAAUAAACAUUUUUAACUUUUAUAUUCAACUAGGGGAAAGUGGGGCAAGACGACCAUGUGGGGCAAGAGGAACAAUUGCCCGUGAAACCAAUGCACACACACGAAUUCGUGAAUUCUAAAAUUCAAAAAAGAAAAUAAACAUUUAAAAGUUUAACUAAUUCGAAAAUAAACAAAGAAGAAGUUUAUAAAAAUGAAUUUCAAUAAAAAUGAAAUAGAAAAAAAAAAAUAUUUUCAUAAAAUCUGCAUAAAAUUUCAAUGUAUUUUUAAGUAUUCACCUGCGCUUAUGGUCAUUUUAUGUUUGUUUAAGUUAAGGCAGGUACAAAUUUUAUUAUAAGUUUUACAAAUUUUAUUUAAAUUUUUUACAAGUUUUAUUUAAAGUUUUCGUCCAAUCUUACUUUUUUUUAAACUAGUGAUUGCAAAACAACUGAACUAGUGUAAAAUGCAUUUUAAAACACUUUUUGCAUUCAAAUGUUGAGAAUUUUUGAGAGUUUUUAGAAAGUAUUUAGAAUUUUAUUUAUUUAGAAAUCUGGAAAAAUGUGGUUCUAUUGAAAAUUCAUGUCCACAAACAUUUUUUCAGAUCGAUUUAGCCAGCUUAGACUAGUCUCCCUAUUUAGGGUCUCUAGUUGGGACCAGACUUUUUUUUGGUAUUCGUCGCGUAAUUUACGAAUGACUUAAGCCUUUAAGUCGAUCGUACAGUCGACAAACCGUUUUUCCGAUUCAAUCCAGAUUUUGCUGACUUGGUCAAACAAGAAAGACUUUUUUUUCGUCUUCGGAUUUCUUUUCGUGCGGACUUUCUUUUCCCUUGAAAUUAUCGUCGCCAACUGCGGUGAGUUAAAAUAACUUAAUAUUUAUAUCAUAAAACCUCAAACCAUUUUCCUUUUUAUUAGAAAAUGAACAAAUCAACCAGCAAGAACGCACCGAAGGCGAUUUUCAUCACCAACCUUCACGACUCCACAAGUUUCCUGGAUCUCCACCUGGAGUUUUCUCGCUUUGGCGCGAUCCAAUCUGGCACGAUCGCGCUGAAGAUGCCCGAGACGAAAGGGCAUCAGAUCGGGUAUGGCUGCGUGGUGUUCGACGAUCCCGCCGCGGCGGCCAAAGCCAAGGCCGAGAUGGACGGGUUCGUGUAUCGCGGCAAACCGAUGGUCAUUGGGUUCGAGAGACCCUCGGCCGACUGGUCCAACUAGGUGAAAGAAUAAAUUUUUGGUUCUCUGAGUAUUAGAGAAAUGUGAAUUUGCAGUUUCCGCAAUAUGUGAAUUUAUUUGCAUAAAGUUGAUUUUGUUUUUUCUUGAAACGAUUUUCUACGUUGUAAUUACGUACGUAGUUUAUGAAAGACUCCUACCAUUAAGUCAAUCGUGAGGUCGACAAACCGUUUCUUCCGCUUCAUCCAGAUUUUGCUGAAUAGCUGCAGCUGGAUCGUCAAAAACAAACAAAAGAAUUUUCUUUUUAUCAAUCUUCAAAUUGUCGUGCCGUUCAGAAGCUUGCUUCGUGGAUUUGUUUUUUGCUCGAAUUCGCACCGCAUACUAGGAAAAUGAACGGAUCGCCCAACAAGCCCGCACCGACGGUGCUCUACAUCAGCAAUCUUCACGAAUCGACCGGGUUCCACGAUCUGACCCGCGAAUUUUCUCGAUUCGGCGCGGUCCGUUCCUCGAUGAUCACGCAGACCCUGACCAAAACGGGAACAAAAAAGCUCGAGAACGGCACCGUGGCGUUCUUCGAUCCGGCAGCGGCGGCCAGAGCCCAGGCCGCGAUGGACGGGUUCGUGUUCCGCGGAAAGCCGAUGAUUGUCAGCUUCGAGGAACCGCCCCGCAGGUUCUAGGUGUUCUAGGUCCGCGACAAAGUGGGCAACUUAGGUUUUCUGGAGAAAAGGUGAAAUCGCAGUUUUUUGUAAUGUAAAAUUAAAUAAACAGGAUUGUCCAGAGAUUUCCUUGAAA